GACCUGAGAUAGUGUAGGAGAGCAGGAAAAAACAGACGGGCGUACCUAUUAGUGCACGGACUCUGAACUGUGGAUACAUUUUUAUACUGGAGCUUAAAAAAGACUCUCCUCUUGGACUCUGGACGAUCUAUCUGGACACCUUCUUAGAUCUACAAUCCUUUCUCCUUUUUGAAGGUUUUAACAGUUUGGUCCUGUUGUUUUGUCUGCUGUUAUCAGGAUGCUUAGCCUUGUGACUUUGCAGCAGAUCAUUUCCACCGUCUUUGUGCUCGGUUGCACUGCAGUGAUGCCAUCAGCUGUCACACAUGCUGUCCUGACCUCUGACCCUGUUCCUCAGGCAGAGGGCAACUGCCCAGCUGAGUGCUCCUGCAACCCCUCGCCCCCCGUGUGCCAGCCCGGCGUCAGCUGGGCGACUGACCACUGUGGCUGCUGUAAAGUUUGUGCUCGCCAGUUCAAUGAGGACUGCAGUGCCACUGAACCUUGCGAUCACAUCAAGGGGCUGCGCUGCCAUCUGGGGGCUGGAGGAGACCCUGAGAGAGGACUGUGUCGAGCUGAGGCACAGGGUUUGCCUUGCGAGUUCAGCGGCAGGGUGUACCAGCACGGCGAGGACUUCCAGCCCAACUGCCAGCACCAGUGCACGUGCAUGGACGGAGUGGUGGGCUGCAUGCCCCUCUGUCCUCACCAAGUGCCGCUGCCCGACUGGCGCUGCUCGUGGCCCCGUCUGACCAGGCCCGCGGACGGCUGCUGCGAGGAAUGGGUGUGUGAUGACAACAACCACAUCAGUGAGGAGCCAGACGAGCUGACGCACACCUCCCCGCCAGGCAGCCAGCCCCUUCCCAACCACAUCAGUGUCCUACAGCAGGCCCUGCUGCAGCCUCAGCACCCAGCUGCCACCCGAGGGGCCACAUUCAGAGAAAUGGCUUCAUUCCCCAUGUCUGAGGUGUUACUGGAGCACAGCUGUUUCCCACAAACCACAGAGUGGACCGAGUGUUCCACAACAUGUGGGAUGGGCAUUUCAAGUCGAGUGACCAAUAACAACCCAGACUGUCGGCUGGUCAGAGAAACCAGACUGUGCCAGAUCCGGCACUGUGAGCUACAGCUUCUUCUAGCUACCAAGAAGGGGAAGAAGUGUCAGCGAACUGUCCGGUCCAAGGAACCGGUCAGAAUCACCUUUGCCGGAUGCUCGACAGUGCAGUUGUACCGCCCUCGCAGCUGUGGGACAUGCACUGAUGACCGCUGCUGCACACCCUCCCUCUCUCGCACCGUGAGGCUUCGCUUCCACUGCUCCGAUGGAGAGGGCUUCUACAGAAACGUCAUGUGGAUCCAGCGCUGCAGCUGCAGCACAAGCUGCCGUACGCUCAGCGGGCCCUCCAGCCCUUCGGUCAGCCUCCACAACGACAUCCAUGUCUUCAGGCACUGAGGCUGACUCAUCAUACUCAGCCCUGGCCUGACACAGUGGGCAAAAGACUCUCCUCUUAAAAGCAGACCGCCUCCCUGUGUGUCAGCUGGGUGAGCUGCUGCCACCCUCUCCCUAACCAGGCAAUACACUCGCUUGCACUUUAAGCUUCCUGCCACGAUGACAUCAUUCUGUCCACAUUAUAGGUGUGUUACAUCUCUAGCACCGGGGCAGCACCGAGGACACGGUGUGCUGCUAAACAGUCGGCAGAGAGCUGUUACUGAAACUUCUUUUUUUAUUUAUUUGUAACUUUGUGUCCGCUCCACAGAGGGAAGGUUAAUUAGACCAGUCUCAGACAUUAAUGAGGAGUGUUUUAUGGACACUCAUUUUGAAUUAAUGAGGAAGAUAGUUGACAUGAAACAUAUUCUUUGGUGACUGUAAGGACUGUGUGUUCAUUUUUGACAUUUCUGUCCCUCUUUGACACAAUAUAUCCAACAUGUGUGUGUCGUGUGUUUAUGAGUGUGUGUGUGUGUGUGUGUGUGUGCGUGUGUGCGUUGGUGAAAGUGUAUUGGACUUUUUGAGGAAUGAGUAACUUUCACAUGAGAGGGUUUACAGUGAAUGCCAUGCAACUACAGGUUUUAUUACAGCAUAGACUUCACUCUUCGCUGUGGAGUGGUAAAUUCUAGGAUCACCUCAUUUUUCGGGGUGUGAUUUUAUUAUUGUGUCCUUUACAGUGUACAUACAAUGCUUUCUUUUGAGGAUUGAAAUAAUGCUAAAUAUUUAAGACAUGUCACAUGUGUUCAUUUGUGCUAAAAUGUUUUUGUUGUCUUUAAACUCCUGUACAUCAAAUAAAAAUGUAUCAACCUG